UCCGAUAGAGGUUACGGGGAUCAGGAUGGCCGCGGCAGCAGGGGACGCCGAGGUGGAUUUGGAGGUCGUGGCGGUGGCGGAUUUGAUAGUGGUUUUGACCGAGGGGGUCAAGGUGGACCGAGAGGAAGAGGCAUGGGGACCAAGAGACCCAGUGCAUGGACAUGGAGGACCCAGCUUCAUGCAGUACCAGGAUAACUCUGAUAACAACACCAUCUUCGUGCAGGGCCUGGGAGACGACUACACCGUGGAAUCAGUGGCAGACUUUUUUAAGCAGAUCGGGAUCAUAAAGAUCAACAAAAAGACGGGCCUGCCCAUGAUCAACCUGUACACAGACAGAGAGACGGGGAAGCUGAAGGGGGAGGCCACCGUGUCCUUUGAUGACCCCCCCUCUGCUAAGGCUGCCAUCGACUGGUUCGAUGGUGAGCUGUUUGUCUUUAUCAAGCAUCGGAUCAAUAGUAAAGACUUCAAUGAAAAUCCUAUCAAGGUUUCUUUUGCCACCCGCAGAGCUGACUUCGCAGGCCGAGGUGGCAUGAGGGGGGGUCGAGGGCGAGGAGGUUCGAUGGGUCGUGGUGGAUUUGGAGGGGGGCGGGGGGGAGGUUUCCCAGGAGGAAACGGAGGAAACGGAGGAAACGGAGGCAAUGGAGGCAAUGGAGGCAAUGGAGGCAAUGUGGGGGGUGGAGGAGGAGGUGGAGGAGGAGGAGGAGGAGGAGGAGGACAACAGAGAGCCGGAGACUGGAAGUGUUCAAACCCCAACUGUGGCAACCUGAACUUCUCGUGGCGUAAUGAGUGCAACCAGUGCAAGGCCCUGAAACCUGAGGAUGCCGGGGGGGUGUCCCCAAUGGAAAGAGAGCGAGACGGGGGAGGGAGAAGGAAGGAGAAUGAGGGAGGUGGAGAGGCAGAUGAAGUUAUUUAUGCCGCAGCAGACCUGCAGAAUCGACCCACAGUCAUGGCUCUCUACAGGUUGAUCUGUGCCACGGCUCUGCUCUCCCUCCUGACUCAAGAGUCUCAUUCACAACUAAAUGUGUGCGGUAAGCCCGCGCUCAACACCAGGAUCGUUGGAGGACAGGCGGCCCCUGAGGGCAGCUGGCCCUGGCAGGCCAGCCUGCAUCGAUCAGGGAAUCAGUUCUGUGGAGGGUCCCUCAUUAACAGUGAAUGGGUGCUGACUGCGGCUCACUGCUUCCCAAGUUCCGGCAUAGCCAACCUGAUUGUGUAUCUGGGUCGCCAAAAUCAAGAAGGCGUCAACCCUAACGAGGUGUCGAGGAUGGUUACACGGAUCAUCAAUAACCCUAACUACAACUCCGGGACGAUCGACAACGACAUCUGCCUCCUGAAGCUCUCCUCUCCGGUCCCCUUCACCAACUACAUCGCUCCCGUGUGCCUGGCAGCCUCGGACAGCACCUUCUUCAGCGGCACCGACUCCUGGGUCACCGGCUGGGGGGACGUCGCAUCUCAAAUUCCUCUUCCAUCCCCAAAAAGCCUCAUGGAGGUGGAGGUGCCCAUCGUGGGGAACAGGCAGUGCAAAUGUGACUAUGGAGUGAAUAGAAUCACAGACAACAUGAUCUGCGCCGGGCUCCGGGCCGGAGGGAAGGACUCCUGUCAGGGGGACUCAGGUGGUCCGCUGGUGAGCAAGCAGGGCGGCCGCUGGAUCCAGGACGGAGUCGUGAGUUUUGGUGAGGGUUGCGCCUUACCUAAUUUCCCAGGAGUCUACUCCAGAGUUUCCCGGUAUCAGGCCUGGAUCAACAGCCUAAUCACCAGCAACCAGCCGGGCUUCGUCACCUUCACGUCCACAGGGACUGACAGCGACCUCAGCGUGUCCUGUCGCGGCCUGCCCCCCCUUCCAACCUCCGCCCCUACAUCCCCACCAAAGGUCACUCCACAGCCGUCAAACUCUGGAACAACCACAACUCAACCUCCACCCACUGCAAAGGUCACUCCACAGCCGUCAAACUCUGGAAAAACCACAACUCAACCUCCACCCACUGCAAAGGUCACUCCACAGCCGUCAAACUCUGGAAAAACCACAACUCAACCUCCACCCACUGCAAAGGUCACUCCACAGCCGUCAAACUCUGGAAAAACCACAACUCAACCUCCACCCACUGCAAAGGUCACUCCACAGCCGUCAAACUCUGGAAAAACCACAACUCAACCUCCACCCACUGCAAAGGUCACUCCACAGCCGUCAAACUCUGGAAAAACCACAACUCAACCUCCACCCACUGCUGUGUUCUGUGGCAAAGCCCCGAGGAAUUCACGUAUUGUGGGAGGAAGCUCGGUGGCGACGGCCGGCGAGUGGCCCUGGAUGGUGAGUCUGCAGAAGAACGGGAGGCAUGUGUGUGGCGGGACUCUGGUGGCCGAGAACGCCAUCUUGAGCAACGCCGAAUGCUUCACAAGUUCCCCCUCAGCGUCUGAUUGGACCGUUGUGUUGGGUCGGCUGAAACAGAAUGGGUCCAACCCCUUUGAGGUGAAAAUGAACGUGUCAAACAUCACUCUGAGCAUGAUGACGGGGUCUAAUGUAGCCGUGCUGCACCUGCACACCAAGCCCACCCUGUCCGACUACAUCCAGCCCAUCUGCAUGGACAAUGGACGGACCUUUUCCGUGGGAACGUCCUGCUGGGUUGCUGGUUGGAGCUCUGCGAAAGGAGGAGAAGAACAAGUCCUGCAGGAGUUUAAGACCUCUGUGGAAAAUUGUGGGAACGCGUUGUCGAGUGACAUUUUAUGUACCGGCACUUUUACACUGGAUCCAACUGACUCUGGCGGUCCGAUGAUGUGUAAGCAGGACGGCUCCUGGUUCCAGGCGGUGGUGCUCUCAGCUGAAAGCACAGCCAAUAAGACCAGAACAAAAGCAGCAGUGAAGAAACAUACAAGACUCAGCCGCUUCGAGAACUUCCUGGAAGUAAAUGUGGGCUUCUUAUCUUCAGGCACCCCCACCGCUGCCCCCACCGCUGCCCCCACCGCUGCCCCCACCGCUGCCCCCACCCCCACGCUGCCCACCAACAGCGGGGGGAGCCCUGUUCUCUCCCCCCUCUUCUUCCUCCUCCAUCUCCUCAUCUUCUCCACCUGUCUCCGACUCUUUUUGUAGAAAGCUCAAACUUUGUAAAUUGUGAUUUACAUGAUGUGGCGAUCACAAAUGAAUGUAAUCUUUAUUAACAAAUGUCUUCAUUUAAGAGAAGAUUUAGCUCAAAGCUGCAUCUAUGACUUAAUUUUGUGAGCACUUGGCGUAGAGAGGUAGUUAAAUCCGACAUCCGGGGGGAAAUAACAACUUAAGGAGCUGCAAUAAGCACAGCAAUGCAAAAAUAAAUCCUAUCAGAGAGGCUAAUUUCUGUUUAAACAAUCCUUAUUCAACUGCAGGGUACAUGUUGCAGAAACCUCCUAUUUUAAGGAAGGAAAGGAAGAGUUAAACACUGUGUCCACACAGCGUCUCUUUCUGAGCGCCUUUUUUCAUUUAUGUCUGCUCUAGAAACCAACACUACUUUUCACACUGAGCUAAACCUUUGAACCGUUGUUUUUCUUAUUGAAACACAAAAAUAAUGACGUCACGUUAAGACAAUUAGAGGAGUUAGAAGUGUUGACGACAUCUGUAGAGAAAUCUAAAGAUGUUAUUUUGGGAAAUGAAGAAUAACUCCAAAGCAGGAGAUAGAAGAAGGUUAGCGGGCUAACAUACUAGUUAGCAUUUUGUAUGUUUUGUUGAGCAUAAAGAGAGCGGCCAUACAGGUUAAAAAACGCUUGCUAAAUCUACUUCGUAGAAUAGGGAGAGUGAGAACAGUUUAUGCCUAGGGGUUUAAAUCAGUUUCAACUUCAUCUCUCUUACUUAUACAUUAAAAACAUUAUUAGCUGCCUUGGUGUUUUUGUGGAUAACAGACAUGGAAAGAGAAAAUAUAUAUGUUUAACUGCAUAAGUAAGUCAAGAAACAUAUUGUAAAUAUAGAGAAGAAAUACCACACCUUUAUGAAAAAAUAUAUAAUGAAGAUGUAAAAACUCUGGGCAGGGAAUAUGCAAAACUGUACACUAAGGUACAGGAUUGGUGGAUCUUUCUUUUUCUUAGAGUUCCCAACCCUGAGGGUUUUACAGAAAGCAACAUUUUAUAUAUUUGUAAAGAAAUGUGUGCAUGUACAGAGAUACAUUUCUAAAAGAAAGUUAAAAAUAAACGUUUAAAUAUGAAUUACUUUGAAGGAGAUUAACCUGAAGCCAGCUUCACUGCUCUAUCACAAAAUAAAACAUGAUUACAUUCA